CCCUCCCUGGCCUUGGCGCGGCUCUCCAAGAAGGAGACGAUGGUCUGCUUCGAAGACGACGACGGCGGGGGCGAGACCCGCUUCGCCGCAGUGGUGAUCUGCGAUCGGACCUCGGCGACACAGGGCCAGGCCCUCGCGCGCCUGAUCGCGACGACCUUCAUGGAUGAGGAGUUCGUGUCGGUGGCACGGUCCGCCCCGAAGUCUCCACUCAUCCUUGGAGCGUUAGACGCCCACUUGGCACAGCUUACCAUCGUUCCGACCGUGAAGCUGAACAAGGCGGCCAAGCGAGCCUCGGGAACCAGCAGCCCAAAAGGAGAUUACCUGCUCUCCCACUCUUUGGUGUCGGGCAUCCAGAGAAGGAUGAGCUUAGUCUCACCGGAGCAGGCAAAUCUACAGGCACAGGAAGCCAGGCGCAACUCCGAUGCCUCGAAAGAGUCCGUCGACGAGGUGGUGCCUCCGACCAGCUACUUCAUCGAGGUCGAUCG